GCCGGGGGUGCUGCGGAUACUGGAGCGCCAGGCUGCCCUCACCGAGGGUGAGGAGGACGCUGCCGCCGCUCACGACGACGAGUCGGCCGCCGCGGACGCCGCCUGCCCCGGCUGGCAGGAGGCCUACUACAGCCUGCUGCUGCUGGAGAAGGUGGCGGCGCAGGCGGGGGCGGCGCUGGCCUGGCCCGCACCGGCAGCAGCAGCAGCGGGGGCCACCGCGGCAGCAGCCAAGCAGCAGGCCCCGCCGGCCCCGCAGUCCGCAGCGCUGUGGGAGGGAUUUGUGCGGCUGCUGCUGCACCGUCACGUGUGGGUGCGCAAGGCGGCGGCCAGGCUGGUGGGGUACGGGCUGGCGGCCCCGCGGGUGUGCGGGGGCCUCAUGGCGGGCCGGGCGGGGCGGGCGGGGCAGCUGGCGUUCGCGUUCUUCCUGCAGCUGGAGUGCGAGGAGGCGGACGAGGCGACGUGUCUGCAGGCUGUCAAGUGCCUGGUGAGCCUGUCCGUGCACCUGCACCGGGAGGCGCCCGAGGGGGCCGCCGCCACCAACGGCACCCAACACCAGAAGCAGCAGCAGCAGCAGGGGCUGGCUUCGCACAAGCGGCUUCGAACCGAGCCUGCAGCAGCAGCGGCAGAUGGUGAGGAGGAUGAGGCAGAGGCGGUGGACGAGCAGGAGGAGGAGGAGGAAGAGGGUGUCGAUGGCGAGGACGCGGCCAACGGUGGGGGAGCUACCGCAGAGGAGGCUGAGGCUGAAGACGCGGCAGAGGAGGGAGAGGGUGCUGAGGGCGCCGCUGAUGCCGCCGCAGAGGACGCGGAGGACGACGCGGGGGAUGCGGUCAGCAUGGCAGCUCAGGUGCGGCGCCGCGCCUUCACCCUCCGCGGCCUGGUGCGCCGCAUGGCUCGACUGGCGGACGACGGCCGCUGGACCCGCAGUCGCCAGCGGGCGGCCGCGCUGCGCUGGACCGCCGCUGCAGCCAGCGCACUGGGGCCGGAGGCGGUGGCUCCGCACCUGCCGGUGCUGCUGCGGCCGCUGUUCCGCAUCUCGGAGGCGGCGGCGGCGCCUGGGGGCACCUCCCGUGUGGCGGAGGAUGUGCGGCUGCUGGCGGAGGAGGUGAUGGCGCACCUGCGGGGACUGGUGGGCAGCGAGGUGCUGCUGGGGGCGUACAACGCGGCGAGGGAGCAUGUGCGGGGGCUGCGGGCGGAGAGGAAGAGGCGGGCGGCGGUGCGGGGGAUGCUGGACCCGGCUGCGGCGGCUGCGGCGAGGUUGCGGCACAAUGCGCGGAAGGCGGAGGGGCGGAAGAGGAAGAUGGAGUUAAUGAAGCGGGAGCGGGGUGCGGGGAGGCGGCAGGGAGGGCGGGGGGGAGGCAAGGGGGCGAGGAGGGCGUGAGGGGGUAGGUGGCUGCGUGCGUGUGUUUUGCAGCGGAGGGGACAAUGUAGAGCUGCAUUGUAGUAUAUAUAUUCUUUGUUACAGGAUAGCACGUCCGUGUACAGGACGGCUUCGGUGAAUAUGUGUAGUGGCAUGGGCCCUAAGUGGCGUUUAGCGGCAUCCCUCCGGAUACGUGUGUUGGGUUGCAGCGCAUCCGGGUGCCGUACGGAACACGAAUGCACGGGAGCUCCGCCCGGAGAGCGCUGACCGGCAACGUGGCUUGUGGUACAUCAUUGUUGUGAUACAACAUGGCCUUAGUUACACCAUUCUUACCCGACUUGCGCAUGUGUGGGCCUCGGGCCGUGUAAAUGGGUGUUGGAAGUGCAGUGCGGCGGCCUCCGGGCAGCACACAUGUGGUGCGUACUGCGUCCGUAUACAAAUAUGAACAGC